AUGUGGGUAGAUGGCGCCACAACAGCUGUACGAAGGUUGAAAGGUUAUUGCUGUGCCUGCUGUCGAGGUGACGAAGAAAAGGAAGAUGAUACAAAGAAAGAUAUCCAGUAUGAAAACUGGAAAGAUUUAUCCGAUUCUCCCCAUGAGGAUAGCAGAGUGGAGAAAACUUUAGCAAGCGCUAAAGCAGCAGCAGAAAAGGCAAAGAAAUCUCUGGAGGCUUCAGAGAAAGGGAAUAAGAAAAAGAAAGGAGAUCCUGAAGAUCCACUCUUUGUAGCAGAGUCAUCAUCAGACGAACUGAGAGUUAUAUCGGAAGAGGUCGAUGACAAAGCUGAUGACAGUAAAAAAAAGAAAAAAAGUGGAAAAGAUAAACCGGAGAAACCUUCAGCAGAUAAAAAGAAGAAUGAAGUCGAUGAAAAGAAAGAGGAGAGUGAAUCAGAAAAAAAGACAGACAACGAUGAAACGCCAAAAGAAGAAAAGAUAGCUGAUGAAGAGACAACAAAAGAAGAUACUGAAGAUGACAAGACAAAGAAAGAUGACAAAGAAAAGAAAGGAACUGGUGAAAUUAUUAAAGGUGCUCUGAAAUUAUCGGCAAAGCAGAAUAAAGAAAAAGAAUCCAAAGCAACAAGUAACAUUGAUGUGGAAUCGAAAGACCUUUCUGUUUUAGAAGCCAGUUCACCUUCUGAUGAAAAACCGAAGGAUGAAAAGAAGUCAGAUACAAAAGAAGAAUCUGAUAAAAAGGAAACAAGCAAGGAAGAAAAGUCAGAUCCAAAGAAGGAGCCUGAAAAAAGUGAAAAGAAAACUGAUGAGAAAAUUGAAUCGCCCAAAAAAGAAGACGAUGUCCCUAAAGAAGAUACUGAUCCUGAUGAUACAAAGGACAUUGAAACUGAACAACCAACUGAACCUGAGACAGAAAAAGCAAAGAAGAAAAGUAACUUGGCAUGCUGCUGGAAAAAAAGUGAUACUGAAAGCGACAGUGAAGAUGAAGAAAGUUCCUCAGAAGAAGCCCUGGAUAAGUACUCGGAUCUCGACGAUUCAACACAAAAAGUUCUCGUAUAUACCAAGGCUAUCACCGACAGAACUCGAAAGGGUUUCAGUCCAAAAAGUUACUCGAAACGAGAAUCGGAUCCUGAAAGUGAAAAGAAGAAAUACAUUCAUCAACUCCUGGGGUUUAUCCCCGAAGAAUCCCAAAAUAGCAGAACACAGGAAAUAGAGCGGAUUUUGGAGAAACAAGAUACUCCCCAAGAUUAUUAUAAAAGUAAAGAUAACGGAUCAGGCAAGAUUGAAAGUGACAAAAUACUUAAAAACGGUCGAAAGCAGGAUGAUAAAAAUGACUUUAAAAAAGAUGAAAAACAGACAGAAAAGAAUUGUGAAAUUGUGGAAGCUUUCAAAUCAGGUGAAAAGCGUGAUUCAGACAGGGCAGAAGACAAAAGAGAGCCGAUGGAAGACAGUGGAUCUAAAACAGCUCAAGGAAGUAAAAUUGAUUUGAAUAAUAAUAAAAGUGAAGCCCUGCAUUUAACGACUUCCAAGGACACAAGCAAACAGGAAAAUGGUCUGCAACAUAAAGAUAAGAAUGAUUUCUCAGUAGAUAGCCAACCCCUGGCAGAAGACAGUAAAGUUUCGGAAGACUCUACAGAAAUAAAGACAGAGGUGGGGGAAACAGUAGCAAGACCAGUAUCUGAAAGUGUAAUAAUUGCUAAAGAUCAAACAAGACGAGAUAACGACAAAAAAGAACGAUCUAACAAUGAAAUUGCAAAAAAGAGCGGGAAAGCUGAAGAUGAAACUGAAGUUGUAUUUGACGGUAGGAACAUCGACAAAGAGGAAAAACAAAAGGAAAAUGUUGAUGGUGAUGAUAUUGAUGCUAAGAAAUCUUCAAAUGAAGAAGAAAAAUCGAAAGAAGGCAGUGGUACUCCUUUAGAACAAGAUCAAAUAAGAAUUGACACGAAAGAAGAAUUAACAGGAGAAGAAAUUCCAAAUACCAUACAGGAACGAAAAGAUGAUGAUGAUGCAGGAUCUGACAAAACGGAGGAAAAUCUUACCGAUGGCGUUGGAGAGUCGGAAUCUGCCGAGAAAACAGAAUUUGAUGAUAAAAGUGUUUCAGGACAUACAGAAGGUGACGCAGAGGAAACAGAAGCCACACAAUCUACCAAACAGGAAGAUUUCAUGGAUGAAAGAAACAGAAAAUUUAGAAAACAGGCCAUUGAAUCGGGUAUAUUAACUGAAGAGGAUGUAAGAACUUUCGGUUCAACUACGGUCAACAAAUAUUCCAAAUCAGAUGAAAAAGGAGAAGAUCCUGAAGACGGCUUAGCACGCAAAAGCAUUUCAAAUGAAAAAGAAGAGAAAAAAGGAGAUGAUAAAGGUGCUAUUAGUAAAAGAAUAAGUCUUAAGGGUACCAGUAAACAAACAGAGUCCUCAGAAAAACCAACAUUCGGAUUCAAAAGUGUUCCACCUGAUGCUGAAGCACAAACACAUAGUGAUGAUGCCAUGCAAUCUACAAGAAAGAUGGAAAUUCGUGAUGAGAAAGAGAAAAUAGUUGAAACGAGUUCUUCAGAAACAUAUAAGUUAUCUGAAGAGGAUUAUAAAUCGUUUGGUUCAACAAGAAUCAACUCCAAACCAGAGGAAAAAAGAGACGAUCCUGAAGAAGGAUUUAAAUCUUCAGGAGAUUUAAGCUCCACAGAAGAGAAGAAAGACGAUGAAUUAAAAUCUUCAGCUAAAUAUAUGAGUCUUGACGAUAUCCUUAAGUUAUCAGAAUCUGCUGAAAAAACGAAAUUUGGAAGCAAUGACGACUUUUCGGCGAGCAUUGAAGAUAAAAAAGGUGAAGAUGACGCCAAAGAAUCCACCAAAGAGAAUAAAAACAAAGAUGAAAAGAAGAAAACUAUAAAAAGGGUCAUUGAAUCGGGUCUUCUAACAGAAGAAGAUUUAAAAGCUUUUGGCUCACAGAGUAACAGCAAAAACACCCAAUGA